AUGGACCCAGAUGGCGUUGCAGAAAGGAAAAAACACUGGUUGAAACGACGGAAGUACUUCUCCCCGGCAACUUCAACCUCCUAUUUACUAGUGAACGGUCCAAAUUCUUAUACGUGCUGUCAAAGAUAGGCAGAUAUAUGAAGGUAUUUACUUUUUAUUUCAGGGACCAAAUUUUCUUAGGCACAUUGAUGGCUAUGAUAAAUUAAAAGCAUACGGCUUUGCAAUUCAUGGAUGCAUUGAUGGGUAGAUUAAGUGCACUCGUCUCAUGCUCAGUUUACUUUGAAUUUGAAUUAUCCCUAGUCCUUAUGUGCCUUGUUUCGUUCAUACCCACCAAUACCUCACCGUUAACCUUUUUUAUAGCUAUUCUAGACGGAUUAUGUGGUUGGAAGUCAGGAGCACUAACAACGAUGCUGCUGUAAUUGCUGAUCACUUUCUGGGUUGCGUCUGCCAGAUGAAAGGUAGAAUUUGGCUGGUUUGAAGUCCCCUUCUCGAACCUUCCAAAGCCCUACACGUGUAAUAAAGAUCCUUGUCGUUAUUCUUUUAAUUUUAGGGACCGCAAGGAUUGUUCGUGCCGGUCCUGGAACCGAGAAUGUAAAAGUGGAAGUCUUACAAAAAAAUUUUUAG